AUGAGAUUAACAAAAUCCGAACAUGAUAUUAACUGUUUAGGUGAAGCUUAUUUCAAACGUCAUGAUAGGAUAAAAAUAAAAUCAAGUUUUGAAUUUAAAGAUGAUUCAGCAUUUUCUGCUGGAGGAAAUGCAGAUGACGAAAAAUAUCUUAAUUGUAAUAGAAUAUUUAUUGGAUUUAAGUCAAGUAAUCAAAUUUUUAGACAAUUAGAAGUUGAGACAGAUAGAGGAGAUACAGGAUAUUUGCAAAUGGAAAUGGUUAAAGAAGGUUUUGCAUAUGCUACAUAUAAACCAAAAUCGGAAAGGAAGACAAAGAAAUUUGUCCAUAGUUUAUACAAUAAUGUUCAGAAAAUGGACAAUUCAGUAUGUAGGGUAUAUUUCAAUCCAAAUGAUGGUCAAUGGUUGAAAGAUGCUAAGGAUGAAAGGUAUUUAGAAUUUGAUUUGAUCAUUCCAUUAAAUGACUUAUUAGCAUUCCAGGCUUUUGAUGAUUACCCAAAGAGUUUUGGUGAUAUAAUACUUAAGUUAGUAUCUAGUAAUUGGGUACCAAGGGUCUACGCCCCUUAG